CUUCCUCAGCUUCGCCAUUAAUUCUACAACCGGUGCUUUGACUCCGAGCCUCUUACAAAAUGUUCGCUGCAAUUUACCGAAAUACUCUCAUUGUCGCAAGACGAUCAUUUUCGACCCACGCAAAGGAAGAUGCCAAAGUUUGUGUUCUUGGUGCUAGUGGUGGAAUUGGACAACCAUUGUCUCUUCUAUUGAAGAACUCUCCAUUGAUUUCACGUUUAUCUUUAUAUGAUAUUGCUCACACACCUGGUGUAGCAGCAGAUCUCAGCCACAUUGAAACCAGAGCAAAAGUUGAAGGGUUUAUGGGACCAGACCAGUUAGAGAAAUGUUUGCAAGGUUCAGAUGUGGUGCUAAUCCCAGCAGGUGUUCCCAGAAAACCAGGAAUGACGAGAGAUGAUUUAUUUAAUACUAAUGCUGGAAUCGUACGAGACUUAGCUGAUGCUUGUUCUAGAGUUUGUCCAAAAGCCAUGUUGGGAAUUAUUACUAAUCCAGUCAAUUCAACAGUUCCUAUUGCGUUUGAAAUGUACAAAAGAAAUGGUAUUAAAGAACAGGAUGCUGCCAAAAGAAUAUUUGGAGUAACAACAUUAGACACUGUGAGAUCAAACACAUUUGUAGCUGAAGCCAAGGGUUUAGAUGUGAGUAAAGUUAAUGUACCUGUUAUUGGUGGUCAUAGUGGUAUAACUAUUAUACCUGUCAUGUCACAAGCUAACCCUCCAGUCUCUUUCCCUUCAGAUGAACGAGCCAAGCUUACUGUCAGAAUCCAAAAUGCAGGUACAGAAGUUGUUGAAGCCAAAGCUGGUGCUGGAUCAGCUACUUUGUCCAUGGCAUAUGCUGCUGCUCAAUUCUGUUUCUCAUUAUUAGAAGCUAUGGCUGGUGUUGAUGGUAAAAUAGAAUGUGCCUAUGUUAGAUCAAGUCUAACUGAUGCAUCUUAUUUUGCCACACCAAUUGCAUUAGGGAAAGAGGGAAUAUCACAAAAUUUAGGAUUGGGUAAAUUGAAUGAUUAUGAAACUGAAUUAUUAAAGGCUGCCAUACCAGAAUUAAAAGAUAACAUCAAGAAGGGUGAAGAUUUUGUCAACAAGUAAAUUCUAGAAUUAAAGAGGAAAUACAAGGAAUUGAAAUUAGUGCUCUAUGUAUUUAUCAGUGAGAGAUUUCCUAACAUAUUGUGGUGUCUAACAAAUAUUGUACAUACUUUAUAAUUUCAUCACUUUUAAACAUUUAAAAACGAUUAAAUAGAAUAGUACUUGAUCUGAUAUACUGCAGAUACUUGAUCUUAAACAUGUUAUAAUUGAUGGAUGAUAGGUCAACAUGGCAAAUAUUGGUGCACUCAUUCAGCGUUAACCUACAGCAUAAAAACAGGGUUACCUAAUAGUAUAAGGUCUGAACAAUGAACAUAGUAUAUCAUAUAAGGUCUGAACAUGAACAUCUUUAAAGGUGUUGCCUUUGUUAGUUUUCAAAUUAAAGAAAGUGUCAAGUAUUCUGAAUAUUCACAGCAGGUAAAAAUUUGAACAAUGAAUGAUGAGAUGUACACAAGAAACCGCUACUCAAAAAAAAAUAAAAUUUAAUAUUUAGAGGUGAAAUUUAAAGUCAAAUUUCACCAUGCUUGUGAAGUAGAAUUUUUAUAUUUGUGAACUUGGCAUUACCUUUAUUGAUUUCAAAUGUUCAUUUUGAUGUUCUUAUUGCAAUUGUUAAGUUGGUAUCUAUGCAGAUUAGUCAAUGAAGUGUAAUUUGCUAUCUAUGUAAAGGCAUAGUCAGCAAUGGCAUAUCCUAGUAUGAUUCAAACUGUCAAUACUGAGCAGUUAAUAUAAAUGCAAAGACCCAAGUACUAAUGAUCUGAACCGCAAUAGGUUCCUGUAGUACCUUGUGGUGAAUGAAUUAUAAGUGGGCUUUAGCUUCAAUUACUAUUGAUAGUACUUAAAAAUAAACUUAAUUGCUCAUGAUAUGGUUUGAGUUGAGUUGUACUGUGAUGUGUGCAAACUUCUUUGUCCAACAAUAUUAUAUAGCAUUUUGUUGAUAUGUGCUGGUAAAGAGAAUAUUUGUCACAAAAUUGAUGGAAAUAGUUAUGAGCGGUGCAGUGGUUUGGUUACGAUCAAAUUUUUAUGUUUGUUGUUGCACAUUCAAAUAGUGCUUUUCUCUUAAUUUCUUUUAUUUCAAUUGUUCAAGAUAUUUGUUUAAAGCAACCUAUUAUUUGUGGUUUACUGUAAAAAUUGUUACAUUAUCUAAUGACUUUGAUUCAGAGGUAAUGGAUACAUUUUUAUUAUCAGAAAAUGCUCUUUAUGCAGUGUUUAGAAAUUACAUGAAUAUUGCACCAAAUGAUUAAUGUUUUUGAUAGGACUUCUGAAGAUUUGGAAGUGUUGAUUGGCUCAUGAUAAUGCAGACUAUGUGUAAACUGGAGUGACUUACAAAAUCAAAGAUAUCAAAUUUAUUUGUUAAUAAAGUGUGCCAUAUAAUGUACAUCUGCAUUUAUCUGUUCAGAUAUUGUUAGAGACCAAGAUUAAAUAGUUAUCACAAAU